UACGGAAUGAUUUUACCCGCGCGCUUGGCUCUGCUGAGCCUUCUUUUUUUGGUGGUCCAUGGACAGAGGAGUAGGUCCAAAACGGAUCGUCCGCAGGGCAGGACUCUGGGAUUAUUAACGCCUCUGUUGCUGGGAGGUGGAGGUCCCCUCUUUGAUGUUCCCCUGGCUGCAGGACCACCCAUUCGUCCAGGAGGAUCAUCUUCUGCUGGCACCCAAUCGGACCCUUCGGAUUCUGGAUACGGAUACGGUGGUGGUUAUCCUAGUUAUGGAUAUAGACCAUAUAGUUACGGAUACCGACCCAACUAUGGAUAUGGUUACAACUAUGGAUAUCCGGGCUAUGGUUAUGGUUAUGCGCAGAACUACUACAGACCCAGUUACUACAACUACGGAUACCAAAGACCACCGCCUUACUACGGUUACAGGCCAAAUUACAGUUCCGUUGGAGUUGGAUCCUCCUCCGGUUAUCCUUCAUCAGGAAGUUAUGGAAGUGCAGCUACGAGUUCUCCUGCUUUUAGUCCCUCAACUUCGGCAGCUUCAACUGGAGCAGUUUCGGGAUCUGGAGCUGGUAAUCCCCAGCUUUCCACCGCCCAACAGGCCCAGUUAGCUGGUCUUUUGGGCCAGGCUCUUGGAAGUAGUCUACGCCCCCUGCUCGCAAAUGGGGGCGGGGCAGCUGGAGCUUCAGGAGCGGGUGGAAAUUCCCAAGCGCUGAGCGGUUUACUUAGUUUGCUAACCGGGUAG